AUGCGCGAAGUCAACUUCAGCAUUCCCAAUGCAAACAAAGCCUCCGUGGGCAUUACCCCUGCCCUCUACGACCGCCGAGCCCUCGACUGCACCUCGACCCUCCCGCUCAUCAACUCGCUGAACAACCUCGCAUACCUGACCAUCUCAUCCGGUCGCAUUCGCGACAUCCUCACCGUCGAUGGCGGGAUCGAAAGAUUGGUAUGCAUUCUCAAGGAGGGGAGGAGCAAAGACAUGAUGGAGAUGUGGAAGUGGAACUUGGCGUUCCAAUGUAUUGUCAACAUCGGUGUCCGAGGAUCGGAAGCCGUGCGGACACGUGUGGUGGAAGCGGAUAUGGUCCCUGUCAUCGCCACGAUCCUGGACAACUACUUCCUGGUUCUCGACAAGUGCAGAGAGCGCUCCGAGCAGGAGAGCCGACGAAGGUGUCCUCUGACUGGCUUCAAAGGCUUUUCGCGCUCGUCAUCACGAAACGAUAACUUCGAUUCAAGAUACGCGCGAGCUCGACGGCAGGCACCGCCACCGAUUUCGAUCCCUGAUCCAGCGGACAACCCUGAUGCAGAUGAGCCGCCGAGCGAGAUCACACCGACAGCUCCGACUGCCAAUAUGUCUCUGAGCUCGCCUCCUGAGAGGACUACUUUCCCUCGAUCGCACCACCAUCACCGCUCACAGGAAAGCCGUGGGCAAUUUUCAACACCUAGUCUUGGCAGCAACAGGCCGAAUGGAGAGCCUCCAAUGUCUGCUCUACCUUUACAAAGCAAUACUAAUAACACAUUUGGCUUGCGCCCUGUGCGCGACAUUGACCGCCUGCCGUCGAUGCUGACACCUUUUGGUGGUGACAUGAGCUCGCAGCCGCAGUCGCCUACUACACCCGUCCAACGACCUGGCAGCCCUAGGAUUGGAGCCAGCGAUGGACGUCCACCCCGGAGGAGGCCAUCUAUCAGGCACCAGCUGUCUAUUUCUGGUUCUGACGACGAUGGAGUGCUUGAGGAAGCUUCGAACGACUCUGCCGGCCGCAAUGGACCACCUGAGCCUGUCGUUGGCAUUCAACCUGAUAUUGUCAUGCAAGAUAUCGUAGACGAGGAGAGCUUGUUGGAAGAGCAAGGAGGCGGCAUGGCGUUGGCAGUCUCAGACGUCACCAGCACCGACGACGAGACCUUCAACAUCACCCACCGAUCAGCAGCAGACGGCAGCUUGGUCAACCCCGCUACCACCCCUACCCAACGGCAGAUGUUCCUUCCGCAAGCGCAGGUGCCGACACCCGCCAACGUGAUGCAUGCGACACCACCAAGCCUCAUCCAGCCUCCGCUCCUCUACCCCACCAGCAGCGCCGCAUCAUCCACCCGCCCACCCUCUGCCGAAGUCCUCGCCGCCAUGCCCCGCGACGAAGACGUCCUCAUGUCCCUCCAGCUCCUCGCCUACGUCUCCAAAUACUGCUACCUCCGCUCCUACUUUCAGCAAUCCCAUCUCGUCGCCCGCCUCAAAAUCGGCGACGACAUCAACAUGCUCGACCCGGACUACAACCCCGCCGCCAACCCCCGACCGACGAAAGAAGAGCUGGAAGACGAGUGGGACAACGAGUUCGUCCCCAAACCCGACGAACCCGCUUACAACAUCUUCCCCUUGAUCGAGAAAUUCACCGCCAAACCCUCAUCCUCCCGUCACACCGCCCCCGCAUCCCCACAACAAGGCGACAUGCAAUACUGGGCCGGCGUGGUCAUGCGCAACCUCUGCCGCAAAGACGAAAAGCGCGGCGGCAUCCGGCAGUGCGCCUACUGGAAGUGCGGGAAGUGGGAGGAGUUCACGCGGCAGUUCGCCAAGUGUCGCCGCUGCAGACGCACGAAGUAUUGCAGCAAAGAGUGCCAGAAGGGCGCGUGGGGCAGCCAUCGCUUCUGGUGUGUGGCGGCUGAGGCGGGGGAGGGGGAGCAGGGGGCGAGUGGGGAGGGGAGGAGUCAUAGGCAUGGGCAUCAUCAUCAUCGGCAUGGGCAUGGGCAUCACUCUUCGCAUCACGGGGCGCAAGCGGCGCAGCAUCAGCAUUGA